UUCUAUCGGGACUCUGCAUUGUGUGUGAACGACGGAGAAAUAGAAAGAGAAAGAGAAAUAGAAAAGAGUCGGCCCGGCUCAUUCAUCAUGUUUCGUUUCACAGAGUUGGUGUUUCUCGUCGCCAGCUUGCCCCUCGCAUACUCGCACACAGUUAUUGUGUAUCCCGGCUGGAGAGGAAACAACAUCCACACCAACGGAACUGUAUCAGACACCGAUCCAAACAUAAUACCGGGCUCAUUAGGCAUCAACUACGACAACGGCACAUAUGGGUUUCCCUAUGGAAUGCAAUGGAUGUAUCCAUGCGGCGGCAUGCCCACAUCUUCAAACCGCACAAAAUGGCCCAUCAGCGGCGGUGCAAUUUCUGUCCAACCCGGAUGGUUCCCAGGACAUGCCCUCGCUCAGAUUUACAUUAACAUGGGCUUCGGCAAUGAACCCCUUAACAUGUCCCAUUCGAUGCUUCCGGUCUUCCAGAUCACCGGACCCACCAACAAUGAGUAUCCUGGCACUUUCUGUCUCCCACAGGUCCCGUUACCAGCGAACUACACGCCGAAAAUUGGAGACAAUGCGACAAUUCAAGUUAUCGAGCUUGCGCAACAUGGCGCCGCUUUGUAUAAUUGCGCCGAUAUCACAUUUGCCGACCCAAAGGACGUCCCAGAGGUGAACUCCUCGAAUUGUUUCAACUCAACAGGCGCAGCAGACAGAAUUGGAUUCAACCUUGUCUUCACAACCACUAGUCUAUCAGCCGCGUACCCGUCGCUUCAAGUCAACGCAUACGUUUCCUUCGCCCUACCGCUGCUAUUGGUCAUGGCGUCGUGGCUUACGUGGAUCUAAACCAAUUGGCCUGAUCUGAUUUGAUCUUCACUCAUCAUCCAUCUUUCAGUGCGAUUUAGGGGAACAGAAUUGGAAUUGGAAUGGUGUUCGGCGU